AACUAUACCCGGUACGGACAUAAGCAGCUAGUCAAAGUUAGGGCUGAACGCAGUCAUGUGAGAUUAUUACCAUACCGGAUUAUCUAUCCACCGUUACGGCAAGCUUUCAGCACAGGAACAGUCUCGAACAGGAAAGUCUUGGCGCGCGAGCCCGAACUGUGCGAUGAAAUUCACUAGUCUUGACAUCGCCGACGAAGAGAGCCGCCAGCACCCCGCCAGCAGUUCCGCCUCAGAGACGAUACAGUCAGUCACAGGUUCCAUCUGUGAUCGAGUACCUUUGUUUUUCGUCACUUUCCCGAAAUUCAUAGCUUGGUCGGCCCAACAUGAGACCUAUUUUGCUUUCGGGCCAUGAACGGUCCCUCAACCAGAUCAAAUUCAACCGCGAUGGUGACCUUCUGUUUUCCGUAGCGAAGGAUAAGAUUGUGUGCGCUUGGUGGUCGGCUAACGGCGAGAGACUCGGUACCUAUAACGGACAUCAGGGUGCUAUCUGGACAGUCGACGUGAGCCCCAACACCCAGCUUCUUGCCACUGGGUCGGCAGACAACACCGUGCGACUAUGGAACGUGAAGACGGGCGAGUGUGUUAAGGUGUGGGAUUUCCCUACGGCCGUCAAGCGGGUCGAAUUCACUCCGGAUGGAAGCAGACUUUUGGCCGUCACGGAGAAGCGUAUGGGCUUUUUGGGUACUAUCGCCGUGCUUGAUAUCAACUAUGGAGAGGACUUGACAUCUCAGGCUGAGGAGCCCAGCUUGAAGAUUACCUGCACGGAGAGCAAAGCAACGGUUGCGGGUUGGAGUUACUUGGGCAAGUACAUCAUUGCUGGUCACGAGGACGGUAGCGUCAGCCAGUACGAUGCGAAGACCGGUGAGCAGUUGGAGAACGUUCAGGCCCACGAGUUCGACCACCAGAUCAACGACAUCCAAUUCUCCGCAGACCGCACAUAUUUCAUCACCGCUUCCAAAGAUAAGUCCUCCAAGCUUAUCUCCAGCCGUAACCUCGCCAUUAUGAAGACCUAUGUUGCCGACACUCCCCUUAACAGCGCCACAAUUACACCUAAGAAGGAAUACGUGAUCCUGGGAGGUGGUCAAGCUGCUAUGGAUGUCACCACAACGUCUGCUCGCCAGGGUAAAUUCGAGGCCCGUUUCUACCACAAGGUUUUCGAAGACGAGAUUGGCCGUGUCCGUGGCCACUUCGGCCCUCUUAACACUGUUGCCGUUCACCCCUCCGGUUCCGCCUACGCCUCUGGUGGUGAGGACGGUUACGUCCGUGUCCACCACUUCGACAAGCCCUACUUCGAUUUCAUGUACGAAGUGGAGCGGGAGCAGCUGCGCAAAUAAAGUGAUUGGCGUUUAAAGAACUUUUUUUUUCCUAAUUACGCAUGUGUCAUGAGGCAAAGUCAUUUUUCACCAAACGAAAAGC